GCCAAGUGGCCAGGAAGAGCCUCAGCCCCUCCGGAGCGGCGAGCAGCGAGGUGCCGGGACAGGAGCCGCGGGAUCGCACUCCUCCAGGACAAGAUGAAGCAGCUCUUCCUGCUCUUCCUCCUCGGACUCAUCACCAGGUCCUUGCAGAUCGAAGACAACAAGAUCCCUGGGCUGUGCUCAGGGCAGCCAGGCAUCCCGGGGACCCCGGGCCUGCACGGGGGCCAGGGUUUGCCAGGCAGAGACGGGCGAGAUGGCCGGGAUGGAGCCACGGGGAUGCCAGGGGAGAAGGGCGAGAUGGGCCCUCCUGGAGCGCCCGGUCCCCGCGGGGAGGUGGGCAGCCCCGGCGCGGACGGGCUGCACGGCGAGAAGGGGGCUCAGGGCGAGUGCGCCGUGGCUCCUCGCUCCGCCUUCAGCGCCAAGCGCUCCGAGUCGCGCAGCCCUCCCCUGGCCGACCAGCCCAUCCUCUUCGACGUGGUGCUCAUCAACGAGCAGGGCCACUACGACCCGGCCACGGGCAAGUUCACCUGCGAGGUGCCCGGCCUCUAUUACUUCGCCGUGCACGCCACCGUGUACCGCACCAGCCUGCAGUUCGACAUCAUGAAGAACGGCCGCUCCAUCGCCUCCUUCUUCCAGUACUACGGCAACUGGCCCAAGCCCACCUCGCUCUCGGGGGGCACCCUGGUGCGCCUGGAGCCCGAGGACGAGGUGUGGGUGCAGGUGGGAGUGGGGGACUACAUCGGCUUCUACGCCAGCGUCAAGACGGACAGCACCUUCACCGGCUUCCUCGUCUACUCCUACUGGCAGAACUCGGCCGUGUUCGCCUGAGCCGCCCUGGGCCGCGGCUGGGGCCGGGCAGGUGUGUUACUGUAUGAAAGGACACAGUACCAUGGCUUUCUCUUGCAUGCAGAGUCAUGUUACUGCGUCCUCUCGCCGCUCCGUGACCUCUGCUUGGAGGUUCCACCGAGAUGUAACACAGGCGCCCCUUCCCAUCACCGGGGGUGGCAGCGGGGGCAGCGGGACCCCUGCGCCGCUCGGGGCACAGAUACGAUCCCUCUGCCAUCGGGGGUACCGGGGAGCACCCCCGCAGCAGCGCUAUGAGGAAUAAACUCGCUGUUAUUUCGGGCACCCGCAGAGGGGCAGGGCAAGCCGGGCUGAGUGGCCGGGAGCCCGUCCCG